AUGUCGCCCGCCUACGACGAUCGCCCCACUACUGCACUCCCUUGGAUUUAUUGGGUACUCUUUGGUCUCUAUGAGCCACUGUUAGCCAUCAUGGGAUUCGCGGGAGCCAUGGCCGACCCCAAAACGAUCCACGACGCUCAGGCCCCCUGGCCGUCAGGCAGCGCACCUCCGGGUCCGCUAGCUAAAGCCACCCAAGUCACCAUGAUCCAGCUCGCCCACACCGUCGGCCUGCUCGGCCUCAUCAACGUCUUCGUGCUCGGCGCUGCCCGCAAAUACCUCUUUGCGCAUCCUGUACUGCAGGAGAAGAUCGUCGGCGCACUGUUCACGCCCCUCCUCUUCGCCGACGUCGUCCACAUCAUCAUCACAUGGUGGGCACUGGGCGACAACCGAUGGCACUUUUGGGAAUGGAGCAGCCUCCUCUGGCUCACAUUCCUUACCGGUUUCAGUCUGCUGAUACCGCGGGUUGCAUGGCAUAUGGGAGUCGGGAGAUACGUCGAUAGACGUGAUGGACAGGCGCACAGGAAGGCGUGA